AGGGAAGAUCUGGGGCUGGCUGCCAGGGAAGCAUUGCUUAGUGUAAAACACUUCAAGGCAUCUUAAAAUACUCUUAUCAUAGGGAGCCCGAAAGCUUUCCUACUCUGGGACCUCUGCAGUCAGGAGCAGCCUCGUAAGCAAAAUUUAUCAUCUUGUGUUCAGCCUCCUGAAGUAACACUGCUGAAGGGCUCGGAAGCAUUCAGCAAGAUUUAUUUUUUUGGAAUUGUCUGUUUAAUGAAACAUACUGGCAGAAAGAAACAUGAUAUAAAGCCCUGAAAAUAUCACAAAACCUUUCAAUAUUGGAUUAACAAACCUUAAAAGUACUCUGAGAACACAUUCAUCAUUUUGUCAGACUUGAUCAAUGAAUUUUAUUAAAGCCCAAGGAUAUUUUGAAAGGCCCCUGUCCAAAUAUCAGCCAAAGGAGAGCAUCUUAACAGAAAACACGUGGUACAUUAUUACCUGCGACUAAUGGUUUGGUCCUUCAUUAUACUGUGAAAAUCUGCUGGAGGAGGAAGAGAAGACCUCUUUUGUUAAGAGCAUUUUUACUAGUGGAAAAGAGCUCUUUUCCCCUCACAACAUGAAGCCCUUUGAGAACAGCUGGUUGUUUCUACUGCUGGCUGUUAUCCUGAGAGUCGUCUGUGCCUCCUUUAUCAGUGUCAACCUUGGGGUGAAAGUGAUGAAGGGACAGUCUGUCUUCCUGUCAGAAGAUGACCUCAAGUUUACCAUCCCCAGAGAGAAAGAUGCCUGUAAAGUAGAAGUUGUGAUUAAUGAGCCAAUAACUCAGAGGGUUGGGAAGCUGACUCCACAGGUGUUUGACUGUCACUUCCUUCCUAAGGAAGUCAGAUACACGCACAACGGCUGUCCGCUUCUAGAUGAAGACAGUGUCAUGCUUAGGCUGUACAGAUUUACAGAAAAUGAAACAUUUGCAGAAACAUUCAUCCUCCAUGUGCAGUUACUUGAACCAGACUGUAACAUCAUCAAAAUGCGCACCCAGGCCCUGGAGGUCCCCGAGUACUAUGGUCUGUCCAGGGUGAUCGACAAGAAUGUCCUCACUUUUGACUAUGACAGGAAGAUAAACUUGGACUGCACCAUCACCGUGGCCUCUCUGGAAAUGCACCUGCCUGCUCACGGCCAGCUUAUCAUCGGGGAAGGGCAGCGAGAGCAGCCGCGUGGAGACCAGCCACAGAGCUUCUUCCCCGGUUCCAAGCACAGCCUAGGCCAGCCGUGCAGAAGCGGGAACUGCGUGCCAGGACCGGGAGCGAUUCACAACACAAAAAUGAGCUGUGAAGAGUUUCUGAGGAUGGGGAUCCGAUAUCAGCAUCUUGACCCUCCCUCGCCUGACACUGACUAUAUUCCUGUCAGACUUGAUCUCACAGAUACCAGAAGCAAAACUUUGCACAAGACUGAGUAUGCAUGGCUCCCCGUUCAGAUUAAAGGUGCUAUUCCCAACCAAAUCCCCAAAGCUGCCCUUACGGCAAAGUUCAGCCUGGAGGUAGACCAGUUUAUUUUAACUCCCAUAACAACCACCACUGUUGAUGCCGAAGACAGUGAAACACCGAAGCCCCUGCUUGUAUUCAACAUUACCAAGCCGCCUCCACGGGGCUUCAUCACUCAUCUAUCAGACCACACAAAACCGAUUGGCUCCUUCACAUGGAAAGAUCUCAGUGACAUGCUUGUUGCUUAUCAGCCUCCCAAUAACAGCCACACAGAGAGGAGGAAUUACAAGGUGGAGUUUGAGGUCCAUGACUUCUAUUUUGAAAGGAGUUUACCAAUUACUGUGCAUCUUUCUAUCAGAACAACAGAUACAAAUGCUCCUCGGGUUUCAUGGAAUACAGGCCUCAACCUCCUGGAAGGGCAAUCCCGACCGAUCACAUGGGAACACUUCCAAAUUGUAGAUAAUGACGACAUCCAAAAUGUUCGUUUGGUCACAGUAGAUGGCUUGCAGCAUGGGCGGCUCACAGUGAGAGGAGGGAAAGGAUUCAUGUUCACAGUCUCCGACAUUCAGGCUGGAGCUGUAUACUACCAUCACGAUGACAGUGAUUCUACAAAGGAUUUUGUGGUGUUUAGGAUUUUUGAUGGCCCCCACAGUAUUCGCCAUAAAUUUCCAAUCAAUAUCCUUCCUAAAGAUGACAGCCCUCCAUUUCUAAUCAGCAAUGUGAUAAUUGAAGUUCAUGAAGGACAGAUGAUCCUGAUCCAGGGCUCCAUGCUUCAAGCCUCUGACAUGGACUCCAGCGAUGAUUACAUACUGUUUAAUAUUACCAAGCCACCACAUGCUGGAGAAAUCAUGAAGAAACCAGGACCAAACCUGAUAGGAUAUCCUGUCACUACUUUCCUUCAGAGGGAUCUAUUUAAUGGAAUAAUUUAUUAUCAUCAUUUGGGAGGAGAAAUAUUUGAAGAUUCCCUUGAGUUUGUCUUGUGUGAUAGCCAUGACCCUCCCAAUCUCUCAGAGCCACAGGUGCUGAUGGUGCACAUUAUCCCUGUGGAUGAUCAGCUACCCCGAGAAGCCCCAGGAGUGACCCGUCACCUGGUUGUUAAGGAGACUGAGAUUGCUCAUCUAACUAAGAAACAUCUCCACUUCGUAGACGUGGAAGAAGAAGAAAGGGAACUCACAUACACCAUAACCUCUUCCCCAUUUUUCCCUUGUAGACACAGCCACUUAGACGCUGGGAAGCUGUUUAUGGUGGACACCAUCCCAAAACUGGUCAAGGAUCCUGCUGCCCUUGCGCUGAGGUCAUUUACUCAGCAUGCUGUGAAUUAUAUGAAAGUUGCCUACAUGCCCCCACUGCAGGACAUUGGGUCUGAACCUCAGCAAGUCCAGUUUAUAUUUUCUGUCAGCAAUCAGCAUGGGGGCACUUUGUAUGGGAUCUGCUUCAAUAUUACGAUUCUUCCUGUGGACAACCAACCCCCAGAGGUGUUCACAAGCCAUCUGAGAGUGGAAGAAGGUGGCCUGAUCCCCAUCACGGAGGGGCACAUUCGCCUCUCUGACGUGGACACGAGACGGGAGCACCUCCUGCUCUUCCUGCGGAGACAGCCACAGCACGGUGCCGUGGAGCUGGAUGGCGUUCCCAUGAAGGAAGGUGACAGGCUUUCCUGUGGGGACCUGCGCACACUGGCAGUCAGGUACCGGCAUGAUGGCUCAGAGACACUUACUGAUGAUAUCCUCUUUGCAGCCACUGACAGCAUCCACUCAGUAGAGUUCACCUUGCAGGUCAAGGUGUUGCCUGUGAACGAUGAGCCACCUGUCAUGCGAACAGGCCUCAUUCCUGUUGUACACUGCCUGGAGGGUGAAGAAGUGGUCCUUUCCUCAGAGUACAUUUGUGCAACAGACGCAGACAGUGAUGACAUGAAGCUGGUGUUUACGCUGGUUCGCCAGCCCUACCAUGGGGUAGUGAGGAAAGCUGGCAUCGUUGUGGAUCGUUUUUCUCAAGCUGAUAUCACCUCUGGCUUAGUCACAUACAAGCACACAAGUGGGGAGAUUGGCCUGACUCCUUCCUUUGAGAUCUUAACCUUUGUUGUCUCUGAUGGUGAAGCUGGCUCAGAUGUCAAUGACUGCUGUUAUGACGGACCUCUUCCUCCUCCAGUUCCACUUCAUGAUCCAUUGCCAGUAUUUGACCUUAACAUCACUGUACUUCCAGUGGACAACCAGCCUCCAUCCAUCACAACUGGUGCAAGGUUUGUGGUGGAGGAGGGCUCCUCAGCAGCCCUUACUGCUAACCAUUUGUUUGCCACUGACCCUGAUACCGCUGCCGAUGACUUAGAGUUUGUCUUGGUUUCUCCUCCCCAGUUUGGUUACAUUGAAAAUAUACUGCCUUCUCCUGGGUUUGAGAAGAGCAACACUGGUAUAAGUAUAGCAUCCUUUCAGCUGAAACACCUGAAAGCCCUGAAUAUAAACUAUGUACAGUCCAGGCACAUGCGGAUUGAGCCAACAUCUGACCAGUUUGUACUUUACGUCACUGAUGGGCUGCAUCACUCAGCAGAGACUCCAUUUUUCGUGCUGAUCAACCCAACCAAUGAUGAAGUCCCAGAAUUCAUGGCAAGGAACAUUUCUGUUCAAGAGGGUCAGAUGAAAGAGCUGAAUCUCUCUGUUAUCAAUGCAAUCGAUCUGGAUGUGCCUCAGGAUCAUUUGGUGUUCAGUGUUGUGCAGAAGCCCUGGCAUGGGUUUCUCAUUAAUGGAGUUCAUGGCAACGAUAUUCUACACUACAAACAGUUAAUUACUCAUCAUCACAGCCACGAACUUCUUGUUCAUGACUUUUCCAUGGAGCUACUUAUGAAUGGAAUGAAGCUGAUAUACAUGCAUGAUGACUCGGAAAACCUCACUGACAGCUUUAUAAUCCAGUUAUCAGAUGGGAAACAUAAAGUCCUCAGAGCCAUUUCAGUAAAGGUCAUUCCUGUUAAUGAUGAGAAACCAGUGCUGAGCAAGAAGGGUGAUAUAGAGGUACACAUGGGUGAAACCCGAAUCAUUUCUAGUGCUGUUCUGUCAGCUGAAGAUAAGGAUACCCCCAGGGAGAGAAUUUAUUAUCUAUUUGAAAGAAUUCCAGAAAAUGGUCAGCUUCAGCUCAAGGUUGGCAGAGACUGGGUGACUCUCCAAACUGGAAUGAAGUGCACCCAGGAAGAACUAGAUAUGAACCUUGUGAGAUACAUCCAUACAGGAGCUAUAGGGUCCAAGAACCAAGACAGCUUCACAUUUUAUCUGUGGGAUGGAUACAACAGAUCCCCAGCUGUGGACUUCUACAUAAAUAUCAAGGACAUGGAAAAGGGAGAUAUUGCUGUUUUCAUAAAGCCUCUUAGAGUGCCAAAAGGGGAUCGAGGCUACAUUACGACAGAUGCCCUCCUUGCAUUGGAUGGAACGGACAAACCAGAGGAGCUCCUUUACGUGAUAACCUCCCCACCUCAGUAUGGACAGAUAGAGUACGUCAGCUAUCCCGGCAUCCCCAUUACCAGCUUCAGUCAAAUGGAUGUAGCAGGCCAGAUAGUCUGCUAUGUUCACAACACUAAGGCACCUGUUUCUGAAGAUACAUUCAGAUUCAUCAUCAGCAAUGGACUGAGGACUAAGCAUGGGACACUCACGAUCUCCUUGGAGGCAGUCGACCAAGCUUUACCCACUCUGUCUAGGAACACGGGGUUAAGAUUAGUGGAAGGCACUAUGGCACUCCUUUCUCCUGAUGUCCUGCAGCUUUCAGACCCAGACACUGCCAAAGAAAACCUUACCUUCCUCUUGGCUCAGGUCCCCCAAAACGGUCAUCUGUAUUAUCGAGGGGCUGUGCUACUGCAGCACAAUUUCACCCAGCAAGAUGUGGACAACAUGGAUGUUGCCUAUAAACAUCGAGGUGGGGAUUCCCAGAUUGACAGAUUUACAUUUGUUGCAACAGAUAGGACUAAUCAAGGCUUCAUCGUGAAUGGGAGGGUGCAGAUCGAGCCAGUGGCAUUCACCAUUCAGGUGGACCAUAUGGACAAAACAGCACCAAAAAUUAUUCAUCUCCAUUGCUUUACUGAUGUAGAACUGCUGAAGAAUGGCAAUUAUGGGAUCUAUAUUACUGCCAGGUCCCUGAAGGCAUCUGAUCCCAAUACAGAAGAUGACAAAAUAUUUUUUAAGAUUUUACGAGGUCCUCAUUAUGGCUACCUGGAAAAUAUAACCACAGGUGGUUUUAUCCAUGAAGGGUUUAGCCAAAAAGAUUUAAACAGUAAAAUCGUACUUUAUGUCAUCAAUCCGCUGCAGGAAGUGAAUUCAGAUGACUUGGAGUUUCAAGUCACAGAUCCCAAUGGAAAUUCAGCGGUCCCUCAAAUACUGGAACUAAGGUGGUCUCGGAUUGAAAUGCAACAGAUGGAAUAUGAAGUGUGUGAGAAUGCAGGAAUGGUGUCACUGAAAAUCACUAGGGCAGGACACUCUGCAGACUCUGCCUUUAUUGCAGUGAAGAUCAACGAAAUAUCUGCUGUGUUGGGAAAGGACUUUACAGUGACUCCCUCUAAACUUGUUCAGUUUGAUCCAGGAAUGUCAACCAAGAUGUGGAAUAUAGCAAUUACCUAUGACGGAUUAGAGGAAGAUGAUGAAAUCUUUGAAGUAGUUCUGAGCUCCCCUGUGAAUGCCAUUCUUGGCACCAGAACAAAAGCUGUAGUGAAAAUUUUGGACUCAAAAGGAGGUCAGUGCAGCUCUUUCCAUUCCUCUGGCCAAAAUAAGCGUGACUUCUGGGGAAGAGGCACGCUGUUUCCAGUUUCCUCAGGCUCCUCAUCACCUUCCAGGCCUGGCAGCAUUCACUUGGAAGGGAUCCCACCAUCUCCUUCCAGAGGGAUGGCAGAGCAUAGAGGGGACGUGCUGCAGGAACACAGCUUGGCAAAUCGGUCAAGGACCAGGCUAAGAGUGAUUGGAAAUGGCAGAAUAGUUCAUCCCUCAUCUGUAUUUAGAAAUGGAACCGAUGUGGUUUUCAAAUAUCAUGGGAUGGUAUCGCUCAGAAUAGAGGAAGACUCCUCAUCAGCUAAAGCAAACAACAAGGCUGAAGUGUCAGUAAUUAACCAAGCACAACCACAGAUAGAUACAAUCGCCUCUAGGAAGACGGAAAUCCCACAAGCUGAUAAGGCAGAACUGGCAUCUGAACCGAGCUCUAGCCAUCAGGACCUUUACUCCUUUCCAAAGGUGUGUACACCAGAUUUAAAGGGGCUCUUGCAUUAUGAAGAAAGCACUCAAAGGCUGUAUCAGUGUAAUGGAAUAAUAUGGAAGUCCUGGAAGUCCCAAAGCAAGGAAGUGAGUACGAAAAUAUGUCCUGCUGGAUGGAGUCAUCAUGAGGGUAGCUGCUAUUUCCUGGUAGUGAAUCACAAGGUCACCUGGAAUACCGCUGCUCGGGCUUGUAGAGAACAAUACCUGGGGAGUCUAGCAAGUGUGGCUAAUGAACAACACAUGAAAUGGCUGUGGGACUUCAGUGGGAGGAAGCCCUUUUGGAUAGGCUUGAAUGACCGAGUGAACGCUGGACAUUGGGAGUGGAACGGCGGAGAACCCAUCACCUACAUAAACUGGAGAAGAGGCCUCUAUCGCCUCCCAAAGAGAGGGAAGAAUUGCGUAUUGGUGCAGAAGCGAGGGAAAUGGCAAGCAACGGACUGCAGGAAGGUCAAACAGAACAGCUAUAUAUGCUCAAGAAAGCUGUAAAGAAUGGAGGAUCCUUGUGCAUGCAUGAGGCCUUUCCUGUUGUUUCAGUUUUAUUUGCAGUCAUGUGAGGGUAGGCAGUUAGAAAACUCUCUAAAUUAUCAGCAAGAAUUUUUUUGCAUGCUGCCACAGGUGCAGAUGCAUUGGGGUCUAAUCAGGAAACAGAGGUCAGUUGCAAAGACUGAAUCUAGAUUAAGAUUUUACACUCUCCUCAAAGAUUCUGAUCUGUCACUUAUUCUUAAGUAUUUUUACACCAAAGAGCAAGGCCAGAAGGCUUUCAUCAAAUUUCUGUGUAAACAUACUUAACUUAAAAAACAAAAAUAAACUAAUAUAUCCUUUUAUUUCUUUCUCCCUGAAGGAGGGACUGUGAAUUGGCUAUUUCUUUAAUUUAGUUGCCAUAAAACUGCAGUUUUAUCCUGUAAUCAUAGAAAGAGGAAGACUGCUUGGAGCAGAAAUAGGGGCAGUCUGCUGGCUGAAAACAGGUUAUCUUGGGUGAGGAGGAAAGAGACAUGAUAUUCGGAUACAGGUGCUUCUUUCGUGGAUGCACUAUUACAAAUAUUGUAUGAAAAGAAUUCCAAUGGAAAGCCUUAGUGUCAGAGUACCAACAGGAGCAAAGGCUUAUAUUUCUCUUUCUAAUUGCACAAGACCAGAUCCCAAACUUUCAUAUCCUAAUGGAUCUGCUCUUACAAGGCUGUACGUUGUUUGAUACUCCUGAUCAAAAUAAUUCAAUGUUUUUCAGCAGUGCAGGAUGGUGCUAUAACUUUUGCAAUGAAAUUAAAUAAUGGAACCCCAGUAAUCUAGUGCUAUCUGAAAAGGUGGUUUAUGCAAAACAUUAAUACAGAAGCUUAAUCCCAGAAUAUUAUCAUAGGAUAUUCUGUGAUACAUUAACGUCAAUAGGAUUUAUAUGUGUGUAUAAGCCAACGUCUAGUGAGACAUAUUUUGUUCUAAAGCAGCUAUGGGUUUUGAAAAGUAUUAAUCUAAGUCCUCAUUAGGGAUUUGAGGUCUUUUAAUAAUAAUAACAUAAAAUCCAGAUUUAGUUCUGAGAAAGGCUUAAAAACCAGCAUUUAACAGGAAAAAACAGCUGGAAAAAAACUUCAUUUUAGAUAUAUGCAUUUGUCUUGUUACCGUUUGGUAACAUUAUAAUAAAGUUAUAUCUUAUGCAUCAGAAUUUUUUUUUUUUUUUACUUUAGGAACCACUGCCAUCUUUAAAAUUUAAAAAAGAAACAAGUCACAAGCUUCCUAAAAAUAAAUAAAUAAAUAAAGCCUCCUCCCCCCUGCCCCAAACCCUUCCUCUGCCCAUGGGUGUGUGACAGUUGGUGUGGUAGUAAGCUGAAUUUGUCCUAUACCAUAUGAACUCUCAGCCCUCCCAUCUGCUGCCCAGCAGUUCAUCCUGUCCCUUGCCCCCAUCGGUGUCUAUAUUCAGCCAGCCUCUGCAUUAAUUGCAUCUGUACCUCGUUUGUACCUCUGCUCCUUUUGAGGUUCCUGAAAGUAAUUUCUCAGGCAUGAGAGGGAACAAUUGCAGCAGGACCACCUCUCCUCCCUAGGCUGAGGGACACUAUUCCAGGUGUUAGCCUUCCUCCUUUCCCACAGCAUGUCUUAGAGGAACAUGGACGUGAGUAGCUAGGCAACCUUUAUAUUUUAAUUUUUUAAAGCAGAGAACCUCUGUGAAAGGACUGUUGCAGAUAAGCACAAGUGCAUUGCUUACAGCAAAAAUGCUGCAGUGAAAACCUUACCACCCUUACUGUUGAUCUCAACAAAUACAAAUAUACAUAUAUAUUUACAGUAUUACUUUUUCGUAAUCUUUACGCCAAGCUUCUAAGCCAAAUCAGACUUUUGUGUAAGAAUUUAUCUAGACCAAAAAGAAAAGCACUGUGAGCAUAGCUACGCUAAUUAUUUCAAGAAUUCCUCAGAACAAGUAGCCUCUUGAGAACCUGUCCAGACCUGUUCAUUUUUCUCUCUGAUAGUUUUCACUGCAAAAAAGAUAAGCCUCCAGAAAGUACACUUGAAAACCAACUUUGAAAGUGUGGGGCUCUGUUACUAUUGUGUUCUCGGAUUACAGUGAAAAUUGGACUAAAAAAACUUGGUAAGACAUACAACGUAAAAUUCUAUUUCUUUAGGGCUUUCUUUUUAUUAAAACUACAAAGUUAACUGGUGAUAUCUUGAUAAAACCCAUCAUGAUUAUUUAAAUAUAUCUCCUAAUUAUUUAAUGAAGAACUUAAGAUAGAGUGAAUUUUGGCCAUGGUGUUCAUUACCUGACUCGUAGCUAAUAAAUGACUAAUGCCUAGGCAGAGACAACAGUGAGUUCAGAGGUUUGUUUGUGUAAGAAGGGAGAUUUUAGCCUUUUCCUUUCUUCAUAAUUAAUUCGAACUACCUUAAAGUAAUUGAAGAAUAUUGGGAUUUCACUACACAACAGACCAUUAGCUGUUCAAAUCGUAUGUGCUUACUAGUUUUAGAUUUAAUACAAUACAAUAACACAGCUAAAAUUCUUUUAUGACGGUGCAAGGAUAUUUCUAACCUGAAAGGCUGCUGAAAUGUGUUUCAGUACAUAUGAACUGUUUGAAACACUUGUUCAUAAAUUAUCCUUAGUCUGUCCUUUAAAAUGAAGCAUUAUUUUCAGUGAUUUUUAUGCCUUUCAUUAGAAUACUGGGGUCCAGAGAAUAUGACAUAUUCAAGUCAAGGAAAGCAAAAGUAAAAGAAGUAAAGUAAUUUUUGUUGCCAUAGGAAGUUGCUAUCUCUGAGAGGUUUAGUAAAGAGCAGCCCUAAAAUCCCAAGAUAUUAUUGUGACUUCUAGUCAUUUAUAUGGUUUGAAUCAGACUCUGUGUCAAUGCAAGGGAAAGGCAGUGUUGAGAGAAUCAGCAUCACCAGGGGAGUUUUGAGAGGCCAAAAGGAAGAGCAGGGAGCACAUGAAUAUUUGUAUUCACCCAUGGAUGUCAUGCUUUCGGAUGAAUAAAGGAUUUAGUACACCAGAACAAUUCAUAUGUCUUUUAUGAGCAACAGAAUAAAUGAAGAUAAAAUAGUUCUGUAUAUGGAACCCAACUGUUAGAUUAACUUUCUUUAGAAGGCAAACUAAUGGCAUCAAGAUGUUUGUGUGCAAGUAUGUCUCUUUUAAUCACUUCUCUCCUUGUCAAAUAUCUUUUAAAUCUGUUGACCAAUUUCAACCAAACUUGACAGAGGAAUAGAUAACUCAAAGGCAAUUGUUUUGAAAAAAGAAAUUAAUAAACAACUAGCCACAGGAGCACUUCCCCCAAAGCAAAAUAUUUUGACCUGAAUUUUUGUGCUUUUUUACUGUAGAGAACUUGUAGGGGGGAGACCUUCCGAAUUCAACUGUGAGGAAAGCUGCAGCCAAAAAAAUUAUCUUACUGGCCACCAGAUUCAACCAAACACAAAGAAGCAAAGCUUCAAUAGCCUUAGAAUGAAUUGUUUGCAUUUGUGUGGAUAAGUCUGUUAUUAACUUCAUAGAAUUCAAGUUUUAAUCUGAAGUUUUCAAGAUCUCUUUAGUACACAUUGAAACCUAUUGAGCGCACUUAUGUUUUCACUCGCUCAUUCUAAAAUUGUAAGAAUAGCUUUGAGGGUAUUAUAUAUAGAAUUCAGUGAAUAAUGUGAUUCUACCUUAUUUACAACACAAGACUGGUGCUAACCUAAUUUUUGUAUUCAUAACACUAUAUAUACUGUUAGGUGUAACUAUGUAAUCUGUGUUAGGACAAAACUGAUCCAUAUCAUUUUGGUGAAUAUGUGUUUCUUCAGUUUCUUUCCAUAAUUGUAUAAAAGUUUUUUUUUCUUUUUUUAAGUGAUAAAAAGCACAGCACUGGGCAUAAUAGAAAUGCAUCUAUAGUUAAGCACAAUAUAUCUAUUGUUUACUCUAUGAAGUUUCAGAAUUCUGUUUCUUCUUCUGUAUGAGUCUAUUCCUAUUCCCAGAUUAUGAAAGAGGGUCAUUUAUGUCAUGGGCACAUCAUUUUUUAAGAGGAAAACAGUGAAAUGUUUUCUGAGAAGCGAAUCUAAGGAAUCAGAAACUUUAAUUUCUGCAAGUAGAUAUUCAAGAGAAUGAAUUCAAGAGAGAUUGUCAGUCCAUAAAAUUGAAUUUAAAUAUAAUUCUUAAUUUAAGAAAGAAUGUAAAAAGUCAUUGUUCCUCAGUAAGCUCAGUCACUUUCAUGGAAUAUAUGCAGAUUUCAGUUCUGCUCUCUUAUUCCCCUACAGCAAGCUAUGCUGCAUGUAAUAUAGAGAGCUCUUACUCCUGUUUCCGUUGCUUAACUACUAUUUUGUACAGCAGUACACAACCAGUAUAAGGUCAGAAGAUGAGAACACACUAGGGUUUGUUGUUUUAUCUAAUACUAAGAGAAUGUAUUCUUUCAGUCAGAAGAAGUCCAAACUAUCCUAAUGAAUAGGAAUCUGAUAUCUGAAGUACCAUAUAUAAGCACAACAGGCAAAAGGAAAUUAUUCUAUGUGUACAGACAAAAUUUUUAGACAUUCUAAUGAAUUUUUACUUUAAUAAAAGAGUAAGAAACCUUA